GACCUUGAGCCUUCUUUGAUGGGCACUUUAUAACAUCAGCAGCCAAAUGGCUAGAAUUUUCAACGUCUCCUCUUAAGGGACACUGUGUUUUUAUUUAAAACAUAAUGACUAGGCAAACAAUCAGUCUAGAUUAUUCUAGUAUAUUUUUCUAGUAGACAUGAGUGACGACGACUCAUUGAGAGUCAGGCACGGACUAAACGCCAAUCCUCACUACCAAACUACAGAAAUAGAACGACGUAAUGGUUUUCCAUCUGUGCCAUGUUAGGCGGUUUCUGGCGGAACAUUUAUUUGCUUACUAAGACGUGUUACGGUGUACCCAUUUGAGACAGCCUACAUUUCAGAUCCGUGGAAAUAGUAAAAGUCCUGAUGGUGAAGUUUAUUUUACAGACAGGACACCCAUCAAACGAUUAGAGAUGUCGGAAUGGUUCUGUAUUCUGCUCAUCGCUGCACUCGGAGACAUUGAUGCCUUCGAAGUACAGGCGCCCCAGCCCAGAGUGGUAGCCGUCUAUGACCAACCGGCUGUUUUGGGCUGUGUGUUCCCCCUAGUCUUGACUCUGGUGCCCCCCUGGAAGAGGGUCUCGUGGUGACAUGGCAGAGGGUAGAAGAUUCGCGGGUGGUCCACAGUUUCUACUACGGAACAGACCAACUGGCACGCCAGAGCGGGGAGUACCACAACCGCACUGGACUGUUCCAUUCCCAGCUCCCUGGGGGAAACGCAUCCCUCAGGUUGGAGAGUGUAGGUCCAGGGGAUCAGGGAAGAUAUCUCUGUUCGGUUAAUAACAUGAAGGGGACAGGAAAGGCUGAGGUCCAGCUCAAAUACGCAGCAUUCUACACAGAGCCACACCUCACAGUCCAGGCCCAGCACUCUUACAUGACCUUCCUCUAUGAGACUGAUGGUUACCCAGAACCAGAGGUCCGCUGGUUGGACCCGCAUGGCCAUAACCUCACGCAUAACAUCUCAGUGACCCAGUCGUCCAGGGCCCCGGGCCUGCUCCUCUCCCUCCGUACCCAGCUCGUGAUGCAGGCUGGUGGGGCAGUCAACUUCACCUUCUCCCUGAGGAACCAGGUCCUGGAGCAGGUCAUGGAGAGGUCCCUGAGCUAUGAGUCAAGCAGUAGAAUCGAUGACGACUGUCCCAGAGACAGAUCUACACUGCUGAUGUUGUUCAUCCCUGCCGGAGGCUUGGUUAUCUUCCUCAUAUUCCUUUACUUACGACACAAACGGACAUGGAAAGCCACGUCUAAAUCACAAAAUAUGACAAAAAUAACUGGGCGUAAACAAACUUGUGACAAGAACACUGGUCCUCUAAAGUCAAGGACAUCCAACUGCGAUUCGGACGUCUCACCUCCAAGCCCAGUACAUGAAAUUUAAGGGACUCCAUUGAUCAUUCUCUGUGUUUCUGUUCUAGUAGUCUCAUGGUAACAUGCUUCCUAGGGCUGAGAAUGCUGCAAAUCCAGUCGGCAGUCUAGCAGUAACAAUGAAUCACUGUUUCAUUAGGUGGUUUUAACAUUAAAUGACUCUUUCUUCUCUUCAUUGCCUAACACGUUAUCACUGGGUCAGAUUACUGGAAAGGGAACAAAGCUUCUAUUGAGAGAGAGUCUCAUUACAGACCUGAGGGGAAACAAUCUGACAGAUUUGGUGGGAGGGGCCCCUAACAACAAUCCAGAACAGUGUUUAUGGGAAACGACAGACAUUUGUUGACAAUAUUUACAUUUAUUUUCCUGUGUAAAGUGCAUUGAAAGUAUUCAGAACCCUUGACUUUUUCGACAUUUUGUUACAUUUACAGCCUUAUUUUCCUCAUCAAUCUACACACAAUAUCCCAUAAUGACAAAGUAAAAACAGGUUUUAAGAAAUUUUGUCAAAUGUAAAAAAAAAAAAACAGCUUCUUUACGUAAAUAUUCAGACCCUUCGCUAUGAGACUUUAAAUGGAGCUCAGGUGCAUCCCGUUUCCAUUGAUCAUCCUUGAGAUGUUUCUACAACUUGAUUACACAGCAUAUGGUUCAGCAUAUGGUUCAGCAAGAGUCCACCUGUGGUAAAUUCAAUUGAUUCGACAUGAUUUGGAAAGGCACAAACCUGUCUAUAUAAGGUCCCACAGUUAACAGUGCAAAGUCAAAGUAAAAACCAAGCCAUGAGGUCGAAGGAAUUGUCCGUAGAGCUCCGAGACAGGAUUGUGUCGAUGCACAGAUCUGAGGAAGGGUAACUAAACAUUUCUGCAGCAUUCAAGGUCCCCAAGAACACAGGGGCCUCCAUCAUUCUUG